AUGAUGUCCUGGAUGAAGCUCAUGUUGUUUGCUGUCAUGAUGGUGCUCGUUCCUUGGCUUGUUGGUGCCAUUGGUGUGCGAGGAGGAACCGACGAGACGUUGUCGUUGGAUCAAGAUGCGUCAAUCAAGACGCCCGAUCGUUCGUUGGAGCAACCACCUCGUCUUCUCCGAGGAGUCAACGUCAAUGGCUACACGAACUUCACGUUCGUUUGCGAAAACCAAGCGGAUCGCGUUCGUAUCGUCGGAGCCAACGAUCGCGACAAACGCGUCAAGUGCCGCAACCGUCCUACUCCAGAAACGGACAGGGUCUUUUGCCGUCAGUUCGACAUGGACACCCGCAUUUUGGUGUGGCACAUCUGCCCGAUGAUGUGCUCGUACUCGCAGUGCAGCCAAGGAUGUGUCAACAAUGCGACGGAUGGAUUGCUCGAGGUGUUGGAUGGUCGAAGCCGAAAGAAGACAGUGCAGUGCGACGACAAACCUGGUCGAAACUCCCGGUUCUGCCGACAGUUCGAUGCUCGUAGCGACGUGCCAGUCUGGCAAGUGUGCCCUUUGAUGUGUCCUCACCUGUCUGGGUGCAACUAG